AUGUCUUCUUUCCAUACGAAGUCGAUCGAACGGAUAUUGAAUCCCGUCGCCCAACAGGUUUCUAAGCUAAUAUUACUAUUUGAAGAUGCCGGAGUUGGAACAGAGAUACCUGAUCUAAAGCAUCGGGUUGGAGUCGUUAAACAGGCCGUUGAUAACCUGAUCAAAGUCGGACACGAAACCAUUUUAUCUAGUGAUGACGAUAUCCUGCGUAGAGAUAUGCCACCAUCUUUGAAGCGAGUUGAAAGUGCUUCAGUUCUUCUGCAAGAGGCGGUUAUGCUUCUUCAAGUCGACUCAGGCUCUGAGGCCGCAAGAAAAAAACUAAUUGAAGGAUCUCGAGGGUACAUCAUCCGUGUUGCUGACCUUCGACAUGUCCGAAGUUAG